AUGACUUCCAUCGGCACCGGAUACGAUCUCUCUGCAAGCACAUACUCUCCCGAUGGACGUAUAUUCCAGGUGGAAUAUGCGAACAAGGCAGUCGAGAACUCUGGGACUGCAAUUGGCCUCAAGGUCAAAGAUGGAGUCGUCCUCGCCGUCGAGAAACUGGUCCAUUCGAAACUCCUCGUUCCUGGUGUAAACAGGAGAAUACACACAGUCGACAAGCACAUCGGGCUGGCAUCUGCGGGCUUGCUAGCGGAUAGUCGGCAUUUGGCCAACAGAUCCAGAGACGAAGCCGUCAAUUACCGGGAAACGAUGCACAGUCCGCCGCAACUGAAGAGUGUGGCAGAACGUGUCGGCCUGUACCUACAGGCAUAUACUCUUUAUUCAUCUGUACGGCCCUUUGGCGUGAGCACCAUACUUGGUGGUGUAGACAAGAACGGACCCCAGCUAUUUGUGUUGGAACCCAGUGGGACGUACCAUGGCUACCAUGGAGCCGCCGUUGGUAAGGGCAGACAACUGGCAAAGACCGAGCUGGAGAAACUGCAAUUGGCUGAUCUGACGAUGCGUGAGGCCGUCAUGCAAGCCGCAAGAAUCAUCUACCUUGUACACGAAGAUGCAAAAGAGAAAGAGUUCGAGCUGGAGAUGUCAUGGAUUGGUGAAGAAACCGGGAACAAGCAUGUACCAGUACCCGAAGAUCUUCUCAAGGAAGCGGAAACCCAAGCAAAGGCUGCGCUGGAAGACUUCGAGUAG